AUGACGUCAUUUACAUCCAUGGCUUGUGGACUUCCUGGUGAUGACGUCGCCUACACGAUGGAAAACGAAGUACUGAAAAAAUGGGGAUUUCCCGAUACAUUUAUAGAACUAUCCUCCAACCGAAACGAAUUCGACGAAAACGUCGAAACACCAGAAAAUGAUAUCUACGCUUCAGCAAACACCGCCACAAGUACCGGAAAUAAAUCAGCGGAUGUUGACGAAGACAAAGUACCGGACGAGUCUACCGACGAGGACUAUGAAAUGGCGCAUGCCGCGUAUCAGAGCGGUCAGUACUGCGACUGUCUGAUAUACCUAGAUGACGCCUUCCUGAGCCUGAGCCCGACCAACGCCCUAAAGCUGUGGACCCUCAAGGCUAAUCUCAUGAACGCCAUGGAGGAUCAUCUGGAGGCGCUCAGGGCCAUCUCCAACAUUGACCUUAGUCACAUGACGUUUGAGCUAUUUAUAGCUGGAGCCGUUGCCAUGGAGAAGCUUGGUCUUCUCAUCACCGCCGAACACUGGCUGAAAAAGGUUGUCAUGGCAACGAGAAAGACGGCGUCAAGCGAGGGUAGCGCGGAACAGUGGGCGCAUCGGGCAUUCCACAUGUUGCAGGAGAUCCACACACGUCGCACGUAUGAGCCCUACAUCAAGGGAGCGAAGGUGAAGGUCACCAACACCAGCAGCGGGCGUGGCCUCCACGCCACGCGCAACAUCUCCAAAGACGAGGUCAUCUUCACGGAGCUGCCGGAAGUCUGUGAGCAGAGCAUCGCCACCUGUAACAUCCUGGCCUGCGCUCACUGCGGCCUCUCCCUGGCCAAGCCUCAGAACGUUUUCCCCAGAGAAUGCACGGCAGUGGGGGACAAUAUGAAAACCUUCAAGAAAGUCUGGGUCAAAAGGGAAGUCACCCAGUGCAAUAAUUGUAACAGAGUUGUCUAUUGUAGUGAAUCUUGUCGGCAAGAAUCGUGGACAAAGUACCACAAAGUUCUAUGCUCAUCAGCCCAAAACACGACGACGGCCAUGUUGUAUGACGUCAGACAGUCCUUCACUGAGGUGCGGCCCAGUGAGGGUGGGUCCUGGCAGGGGUGGUGGAACGUGGAGUUCAGCCCCGUCUUGUUGGCGCGGCUCUGGGCCACCAUUGUCUGCAGGGCCAAGCUGGACAUGGGCCAAUCACAGCAGCCGUCAAAAAUAGACUGGGUCAAGGCCGGCUCACAGUUUGAGAAGUACACAGGAAAGGGAAGUAACUCAGCUCAUGAAACCAUACCAAAAAUGUUUGAACUCCUGGCCACCAUUUUUAAAAGGAGUAAAACCUUACGCUAUGACAUCACGAAAGAAGACUUCGACAAGCGUCAUUCACAAAUCCUGACCAACUACAUCACAUUCUAUGACGACAAAGACCCGCUACGUCACUUUAUCGACAAGUUGGCCCAGGAUCGCAAGCGCUACAAGAGAAUGAGCAAGUAUCUCCAAGAACCGCUACCCAGGGCAGAGUUCCAUGGGUUAUUUCCCCUGGCCUCUACCAUCAACCAUUCCUGCUUGCCGAAUGCAGAAAUCAUCAGCACCGCUGUGAACGGGAGGCCGGGGAUCUGUGUGCAGGCUGUUGAGAACAUAGCAGCAGGCGAUGAGAUCUUCGUGUCCUACAUCAACCCCGACCAGGACAAGGCAGGUCGCAGGCAGGCGUUAUGGAGGCGUUACAAGUUCAUCUGCCAGUGCAUCAAGUGCACCUUCCAAGGUGACGGUCCUGACACGUGUACUCACUGUGGGAAAACUGUAGCAGACGUGGACAGAUUCAGUGGAUCUAACAGGAGCAGCGGGCAAGAUACUGGGGUGUUUUCUCAACCAAACAAAGAUACACCAACAGAUUUGUUGUCGUCUGCAGAUGGACCAAACAAAGAUACACCAACAGAUUUGUUGUCGUCUGCAGAUGGCCCAAACAAAGAUACACCAACAGAUUUGUUGUCGUCUGCAGAUGGCCCAAACAAAGAUACACCAACAGAUUUAUUGUCUGCAGAUGGCCCAAACAAAGAUACAUCAACAGAUUUGUUGUCGUCUGCAAAUAGCCCUAACAAAGAUACACCAACAGAUUUGUCAGAAUCUGACCAACGUUCCAACAACCCCCCUGCCCCCACACCUCAAGUAUCAGAUGACCUUAACUUUGUUAGCCUAUCGGUUAACUGUAAUAAAGUUGACAAUGUUGUAGACACAAACGUUAACAAUCUAACAAACAGUAUUUCAACGUCAAAUUUAGUUAACGACAAAGAAAGCAAAUUUUGCGAUACGCAGCUUUCAUCCAAUAACAAAGAUUCAAUUUCAGUUGAAAGUCAGAUAGACUUCAAUAGCUCAACAUUAGAAGACAACAAACACGAUAUAAAUGACACAAUUGUUAGUGAUGAGAGGAAACAUUCUCAAACAGGGACAGACGUAUUGGCAGGUGAAUCCCCAAAAAAUGAACUAGCUACCGAAAAUCAACAUGAACAUUCAAGCUGCACUGUAGACGAAAGUGUUCCAAUUAGCCCGGACUUACAGCAAGUGCUUCCACAUUGUGAAAACCCCGUAGAAUCACCAGAAAAUGGGUUAGUUACCGAAAAUCAACACGAACAUUCAAGCUGCACAGUAAACAAAAACCCCGUAGAAUCUCCAGAAAAUGGACUAGUUACCGAAAACCAACAUGACCACCAUUGCUGCACUGUAAAAGACUGUGGAGAAACCAGCCAAGUCUCCCAGAAAAUGUUUCCCCACUGUGGCAGGUGUGGAGCCGCCUGGUACUGUUCGCAGGUGUGUCAGAGGGAGGCGUGGAAGAAGGGACACAAGAAAAUUUGUCUCAAACAAACUAAACUUUAA